GUGUAUUUUCAAUAAAUUUCGAAUCCAACUUCGAGUCCAAAAAUGGAUUGAAUUAAUCCUAGACCUUUGGGAAGUGAUGGGAUAGAGGAAUAAGAUCCCGAAGACCAUCCACCCAAUCUGGACACUGCACUUGUCCACUCCCCUUUCCUCCUUCUGCUUCUGCCUUCAGGUGAAUCUUCUUCCCUGGUCCUUCUUCAACCUAAACAGAGCAUUUUCCAUGGCGGCUGCUUCUCCAAUGGCGAGCCAACUCAAGAGCAGAUUCGCCUCGUCUUUGUCUUCUUCCAUCAGAAGCCUCGUCGCUCCUAAGGGUCUCUCUGGGUCUCCACUUUGGCUGCUGCCCGGAAAGAAACUUGCUUCCUUCACUGCCAAAGCCAUUCAGUCAGAGAAGCCAACUUACCAAGUGAUCCAGCCCAUCAAUGGUGAUCCUUUCAUCGGAAGCCUUGAGACCCCUGUGACCUUAAGUCCCCUCAUUGCCUGGUACCUCUCGAACUUCCCCGCCUACCGGACUGCAGUGAGCCCUCUCCUCCUGGGUGUGGAGGUGGGCUUGGCUCAUGGAUUCCUCCUGGUGGGUCUGUUUGUCAAGGCUGGCCCACUGAGGAACACUGAGUACGCUGGGGCUGCAGGGUCCCUGGCUGUGGCUGGGCUUGUCGUGAUCCUCAGCAUCUGUCUGACAAUGUAUGGGAUCGCAUCCUUCAACGAAGGCGAGCCAUCGAUCUCCCCGUCCUUGACCCUGACCGAGAGGAAGAAGGAGCCCGACCAGCUGCAGACGGCCAAUGGGUGGGCCAAGUUCACGGGAGGGUUCUUCUUCGGCGGGAUCUCGGGAGUCUCAUGGGCUUACUUCCUUCUCUAUGUCCUUAACCUGCCUUACAAUGUGAAGUAAAAAAACAUAGCGUACUUAUUCAGGAUCAUGUUUGUAUAUCUCUGCACCCGCAGGAAUCGGAAAGAUUGAUCAAUCAGAACUCCGUAUCUAUAUAUUCCCAGA